AUGAAUGUGUGUAACAAAAAUUACUUAUAGGAAACCUUUCCAUAAUAUAUUCAUGAUUAACUCAAUAAAGUUGCUGAAGAAGAUAGGAAUAUAGAUAAGUAGAUUUAAUAUCUAAAUAGAGAUCAUAGAGAAUUUUUAAUAUAAUUGACAUUUUGAAUGAACUUAAAAUUUUAUCCUUUGGUUUAGCCACUAAGUUAAAAACUUAAGAAGGGUUUAUGUUAUUCCCAGAAAUUAUAUCUGAAAAGUAUAUAAUUGAAUUUAAAGAAAUCAAAUCUUGCAAAUUGAAAAAGAAUGAACCCUCUUAUUUUUAAGCUUGGACAUUUGUUAAUUUAGAUUAAGUAUAUAUUCUAUAGAUAAUUAGAUUGAUAUGUACAAAUUACAAACAUUUUUGCGCAUUUUAUGUAUUUUAGCAUAUUUUGAGUGCAAAAAAUAUUUUGAAACAUUUCUCAUAGAUUAUAAGUCUAAAUAUGAUAAUGAUCUCUUUAAAGUGUUUUUACUAUUAUAAACUCAAAAAAAAGAAUUUUAAAUAGAAACAGAUGAUUUCUUUCUUCAAUUAAUUGAGAAAUGUGAAUGUAAAAAUACUUAAUUCAUUUCAUAUAUGUCUAAAUUCUGUAAAGAAAAGAAUAUGAUUAAAUGUUUAGGAUAUUUGGAAUCUAUAAAAUCAACACCAAAGAUUUCUUCAGAAAAACGAAAAGGAUUUCAAAAAUUUAAGGAAGAAGAAGUGAAAAAAGAGUCACUUUAAGAAUCAUAAUAAACCUCUUAAUAAAUAUUAAUAUAAACAUAGAAUCCAACUUAAAUAAUAAAAAGACAUUCAUCAAUGUAUCCAAGAAAAUCACUAGAUUAAUAAUGUUAAUUGAUAUAAUUUUAAGAAUCAACAAAAGAUUUGAUAAAAUCAAUCGGAGUGAGUAGACCUUCAUUAACAAUGAGAACUAUGAAAGAUGGAAUCAAUCAUAAAUAUAAGGUAAUUAAGUGUUAUUUAUGUGAGUGAAGUGUGA